UUUCCCGCCCCCUUCCUGCCCGGGGUGAAAACUGAGAGGAAAAAUCGUCGGGAGCAGAGACGAUGGAGGGGCAAAGCUGGAUGUAUUAGCCAGUUUACUGCUUAGGGCACUUUUUGACUCUUCUUCCGCUUCUAUCCGCAGUAAUCAACGCAAGUGAAUGCGGCGGGAUCCGGUGUGUAUGUUACGCGGCUCGUAAAUUUCCCGAACAUUCAAACAAUCAACUUGGACCGCGGACGGUUAGCACAGCCCGACCGAAAGUUAGCCCGCUCCGGCUAAGUUAGCCCGCUCCAGCUACCGAGAAAGGACAAAAAAACUAAAAACGGGCUGGUGGGGAAAGAGUGUCGGGGCUUGAAGUAACUCGUAAUGUUGCCUCCCGGGAUUAAUUUCAGAUACGGAUGAGAAAGAAAUUCUCCGGGAACAGCGAGAACAACAGCGAGCCAGACAGCCGCCGCCGCUAUGCUGGGGUUGAUCGGCGACUCCGGCAUCCCGUCCGGGUCCCGAGUGUGGCCGCACUCGGUGCUCUGGAGGCUGGGAGGCUUCUUCUUCCUGCUGCUGCUGGAAGGGGCCGGCUGCCUGGCCAGCCCGGGCAGCCCUGCAGGCGUCAACGACAACAACAACAACAACCCCGGAGUCAACAUCUACAUGAGUGUGGAGGAGGUGAAGAAGCUCCUGGGCCUCGAUGCAGAGCUGUACUACGUGCGACAUGAUGUGGUGAACCAUUACGCGCUUUCCUUCAACAUGCCCGUGCCCACCGAGACCAACAGCCUCUACUUCACGUGGUACUCCAAGACAAAGGUUGACUACCGGCUCGCGUUCAGCGUGGAGAACCCCGUAGCCCUGAACCCACCAUGGUGCAACAUCUCCUUUCAGGGGGAGGUGCCCCGUGUUCCCUCUGUCUUCAGAGUUGACAUCAUGUGUUCGGGCAAAGUAGAUGAAGAGGCAUUUUUAACAAUGCAGCUGAAUCUGACCAUCCAGGCCAACAACUACACAGUGCUCAACUUCAAGAGGAGGAAAAUGUGCUAUAUGAGAAUUGACUCUGAUGCAAAGAUCUCCAUCCCUCCCAACAACAACACUCUGCCCCGACCUGACUUAGAUGGUGUUACUGCUCCCACCACCUCCACCCAGGUGUUUUAUAUAAGCGUGAGCGUCUGCUGCAUUGUCAUCUUCCUUGUGGCCAUCAUCCUGGCUGUCCUGCACCUGCACAGCAUGAAGAGAGUGGAGAUGGAAGACAGUGUGAGUGACAGCGGAAGCUCACAGGGCCUUUCUCAGCCGUCCACCCAGACCACGCAGUACCUGAGGGCUGACACUCCAAACAAUGCUGCCCCUGUCACCAACAACCACCCUGGUUCUGCACCCAUACUCCAGCUUGCUGCCUCCUCCUUCCAAAACCCCGGUGCUCCCCCUCAUGAAACCAAAAGUUACCCAUCUCUGCGCAUCGAGAAGAACGACCUGAGGAGUGUGACUCUAAUGGAGGCCAAAGCUAAAGUUAAAGAUAUUGCCAUCUCAAGGGAGCGGGUCACACUACGAGACGUCUUACAUGAAGGCACGUUCGGCCGCAUCUUCCACGGCGUGCUGCUGGACGAAAAGGACCCCAGUAAGGAGAAGCAGGUCUUUGUGAAGACCGUGAAAGAUCACGCCUCUGAGGUGCAGGUGACCAUGAUGUUGACUGAAAGCUGUAAACUUCGCGGCCUUCAUCACAGAAAUCUGCUGCCUAUAAGCCACGUGUGCACAGAGGAUGGAGAGAAGCCCAUGGUGCUGUUGCCUUUCAUGGCUUGGGGGAAUCUGAAGCAGUUCCUGCGGCAGUGCAAGUUAGCCGAGGCUAACAACCCACAGGCAGUUUCUCAGCAGGACCUGGUUUACAUGGCCAUCCAGAUUGCAUGUGGAAUGAGCUACCUGGCUCGCAGGGAGGUCAUACACAAAGACCUGGCUGCUCGGAACUGCGUCAUUGACGACAACAUGCAGGUGAAGAUUACAGACAAUGCCCUCGCCCGAGAUCUCUUUCCCAUGGAUUACCACUGUCUGGGGGAUAAUGAGAACCGGCCUGUCCGCUGGAUGGCCCUGGAAAGCCUGCUCAACAAUGACUUUUCUAGUGCAAGUGAUGUGUGGGCUUUUGGAGUGACGCUGUGGGAGCUGAUGACUCUGGGUCAGACCCCCUACGUCGACAUCGACCCUUUCGAGAUGUCGGCUUACCUGAAAGACGGGUACAGAAUAGCACAACCAAUCAACUGUCCAGAUGACUGUAAGUUUGCAGUGAUGGCUUGUUGCUGGGCUCUGGACCCGGAGGAGAGGCCCAAGUUCCAGCAGCUGGUUCAGUGUCUCACGGAGUUCCACGCGGCGCUGGGUGCUUACGUGUGAAAGCAUCAGCUGCAUCUUUUUAUCCAUAACAGCAACGACACUAAAGGCUGGCGGACACUUUUAAUGAGGAAUGCACGUAUGAAGUUGUGCCUCAUCACAUGCAAGAAGAGCAGACUUCUGCCUGAUGCUUUCAUUUUGUACAGUUCUUUUGGAGUUUCUAUAUAGUUAAACUACCUUUUUACAGCCUAGCAAAGUAAACUGACUGUUCAAUGUUGUUUGAUCUAGAAAAGGCAAACGUCAGCCCUGUGCACUCGCUGAGAGGACGCCAUCAGCAGAAAGAUGAUAUCCGUGGACAGUUUUUUAAAAGAACACUUUAAACUUCUGAGAACAGCAGUAUUUUCUACAGUUUUGCAAUGUUGUGUAAGUUUUGGAUUUGUUUUGGAUGAGAGUAACUCCACAGCAGAAUGAUUUAGGUACCAGAGUAGACUGAAGAGUUUCAGCAACCUUGAUCUUCUCAGACUUGCUGCUUCACUCGGGCUUGGUACGAGAGGCAGAGCUGUGGAGGGGACUUCUCCUCAAAUGGUACAGCGUUUCCUCUGCCACGGUUCGGUUUCCUGCAGAGACUCUCGUGUUUUCCGUCUGCAGUGUGGAUCAGACGCGUGGACGUCCCAGCUGGAGCGGCAGCUCUGCAGAGAUACUUGUGUAAACCUGAUCUUUACAUGUGGACACUUAUUAUUUCAAUGUCACUGCUGUUUCCCUUUUUUUGUACUUUUUAUUUCCACUGUCACAGCCGCAGUGUGUGCGCGUGUGUGUGUGCGUGUAAACGGUGGAUGUGUCGUGACCCGCUGUUAGCGAAGUCCUGCAGCGAAGCCUCGAGGUGAGCGUUUUCACCUCCACCGUCAGAUCAAGAGAAACAAACGUUCUAAAUUACAGAGGAAAAUAAAUCACGGUGGACGGAUGCGUGUGCGUCUUACUGCAGAACCACAGACUGUGUGUAAAAGGUUGGUGUGGCUGCUGUGACGCCACCCGUUAGUGGCGUCACAUCGUGAAGCCGUCUCGCUGUUUUGAAACCAGGAG